UAGAGGAUUGGUUUAAAACCGAAGAGGACAAGAAUAAGAAAAGAACAAUUUUAGUUCCGCAAUGGCCAGUAUUGACUAAACUUAUAAAAGAUAAUGUACUGGAGUUUGUCGAUUCCAAAAAACCACAUAGGUAUAUUCCAUCUCGAACUACAUACUGGAAAGACAACAAGAAAAAAACCAUUACAAAGCCCAUGAAAACACUAAACCCGGGAGAAGGCAUGAUGAGUCGCUACAUUAACAAUGCUAUUCCAAGAAAAAAUAAAUUUACAACUAAAUUUUCCCUGUCACACCUAACCAAUACUUAUCCGUCACAUUAUCAAUCUAAACAUGUAUCAACCACUGAAGAAACUAACGUAUUUAAUAAAAAACGAAGGCCUAAUUUUCUAAACAUUGACAUACAUUUAGAAUCAACACAGUUAUACGCAGGCAAACCAGGAACGCAAAUGAAACAUACAAAUGACAACAAUGAAAUGGAAUUAUCUAGAAACACGAAACAAUAUUUUACAAAAGGCAAAUCUAAAUCUGGUGUGCCUAACAUUGACGAAAACAAAACGGAAAAAGAUGAAAGUGAUAAAGAUUAUAUGAGUAUUGAAGGAGAAACAACGAAAGAAUCUAAAGACAGCAGCUCGGAUGCAAAAUGUUCUUCAGAAGAUACAGAGAGUCAAGAGAAUAUAGACCAGACAGUACUAUCUCCUUUACGACAGUCAGAAGGAGGAAAGAAGCAUCAAAAACAUUUAAGAAACCAUCAUCACCGACAUAGACAUAAACAUGGUCAUAAACACUCACAUUAUAGGAAAAGAAAAUACGAAAAUUUAAAACGUAAAUAUUUAAGAUUAAAAGAAAUAUUGGCUGCACAGAAAGUAAAUUAUAGUCAUAGCAGGCCAGAAGAAAAUAAAAAAUAUGUUGAUAUAAAUAGAACGCAAACAGAUAUGAAAGACAUAUAUUCGAAAAGCUCUGAUAACAGUAAAAAACCGGUUACAGAAAUAAAUUAUAGUCCAUCUGAAGAUACAACGCCAGCAGUUGCAGGACAUCUUAGAGUUGAUAACAUUAAUUUGUUCUUAGAUGACUAUAAUAUUAAAGCCGAAAAUAGUACGGAAGACUACACUAUUCGUAAUUAUGGUAUUUAUAGGAAAUCUUUUCCGCUAAAUACGACAGUUGUUUUCGAAGCGAGUGAUUCCAGUGACGCGGAAAAAGAAUUAAAGGAGAAUAUUCACGAUACGAUUAGACAUAUGGAUUUUGUUAAUAACAAUGUAUCAAGAAGAAGUUAUCAUAACGAUAAUUCGUCUAUCGUCCGCGUCCUAGAAUCUCCAGAAACGGAUGUUGAGGCAGUGUUGAAAAGUAACAUUUAUAAAGCUGUGAAGAAAUUGUUGAAAAAGUGAAACGCAAAUAUGCCGGCAGAAGAUAUUUUUAAAGUUAUACAGAAUGCUCGUAACGGAAGACAGUUAACAAAUAAAAAUAUUUUUCAUCACACUUGCUCGAAAAAGAUCCUAUUUCAUGCAGGUGUACUGAAGGACAAAGGCCUAUUUUGUUCCCGCGGGAGUUAAGGAUUGUGAAAAAAAGCUUUAAC